GUUCGCGGUUAAGGAAAAGGAGUCGCCGCAGCGGUGGUUAUUGUUAUGGCUGAGAGGAGGCCGCGGUGAGGAGAAGGAGAAGGCGGCGAGCGAAGGAAGGAAGGAAAGAAGGAGGGCUUGUUUGAAAAGCCGGGGAAUAACCGAGGAAGAGGGAGGAGCCUUGCCCUGCGCGGAAGGCAGGCUGCCAAAGGAGGGAGCGCUUUGGCCAGCAGCCAUGAGAAAGGCAUAAUUGAAAGUGUUGAUAAUGACCUAACUACCGGAGAUCCAGAAUAUUGUGCAGAUUGGCUCCUCCCACAUCAUACCUGCCUACAUGACCUGACAGAGUGGACAAGUAUGCCAGGAUGAAGAAAGGCGUAAAUGCCAAGAAGACAAAAGAAAUAUUGCCUGUUAGCUCUACCAAGCAAACAGACCUUUCUGCGUGGAGAACAAAGAAUGAUGGCAGCAGAAGUGCACAGAAUCAUGGAGCUCCAGAAAUGUGUGUCAGUGAAGAGGAAUACAGUCAAAGUUCUCUUGAAAAAGCACUGAACUAUUUGGAGAAAUUAAAAGAUCGAACUUCCUUGAAGAAUGCGGUUCUACAGAAACACUUGGCAACUGUGGAAAAGAUUGCUCAAGAAAGAGGCUUGAAGCCACAAGAAAUUCAUGUCUUACUGAAUGUGGCGCUCAGUGGCAAAUUGGGUGAAGGGGCAAAUAUUCGACUGCUGAAGAACCUGAUUCCCACAUCAACAAUAACAGAGGAUUCUGUGGUUUCAGCAGUAUCUUGGCUUUGUGUUGGCAAAUGUUCUUGUAAUACUCAGGUAACCUUUUUAAAAUGGCUAAUUGCAAUGUUUGACUUCAUUGAUCAGAAGGAAAAGAUUAAUGCUCUUUAUGGCUUCUUCUUCAACUUCUUGCAAGAUGAAAAACUGCUUCCUUUUGCCUGUCAUGUGCUUUAUUUGCUGACCAGAAGAGAAAAUGUUUGUGUGUUUUCUCUAGUAAAACCUUUCCGUGUGAGGAGGCUCCUAGAUCUGCAAACCAGGAGGGGACCAGAACCUACUCUGCAAGCUCUGCUACUGAUGUACAAGAACUUUGCUCCUGAGAUGGUGUCUGUGACUCUGCCCACAAAAAUAAAGAUAAGGUUUAGGAAUUCAGAAAACCUCUGGAAAACAGCAAUCAGCACCAUAAAAAGGCGAAUCUAUGGGGCCCUGCCUUCAUCUCAGCCAGGUAGCCUAGGCAUUGGCUCUCUCCAGUCCCGAAAAAGAAAAUGGGAUGCCAAGUUGGUACUUACUUCAGGUAACAUCAACUCUGGUUGUUCAGCUGGGAGUCAAAAGCCCAACUCUACUGAUGUCACCAGUCAUGCUAAUUUCUUCCCAGUGGAGCAGCUACAGACCUUCCCCCAGCUUCUGCAAAACAUUGAUUGUUUAGAGUUCCCUUCACGGAUAGGUUCAGUGCUAGGAAAUCCACUAUUGCUGCACCACAUCAACUGUGUGAAAGAUGACUCUGUUUAUCAGAGGAUGUAUUACUGGAUGGGUCAAACAUUCAGAGAAGAAUGUCCUUGGUAUAAGAUUGAGAACCAGCAAUAUGAAUUAGAGUUCAAGGACUUUUUGGAGACAGUCUUGGAAGCUGAGUGUUUCUUGCAGGAAGGCUUCUCAUCCUGUGAAGAAUUCUUGUACAGGAGCCUGCCAUUCUGGGAUGGCUGCUGUUGUAGGUCACAGGUUCUGCAGCUGGUGAGUUGGAUUCCUCUCAGCACUUUCUCAGAAAUGAAGCCUUAUCUCUGCAGGCCAUUGACACAACUUGUCAUCACAUCAUCCCUUUAUUUUAAGUGUAGUGUUCUUGAAAGUCUGAGGGGACUGUUACUGAACUGGCUGAACUGGCACAUCAUGCAAGCAGAUAUGGCAACAGAAUUGAAUGCCGAUGUCCUGAACACAACACUUUCUGGAGUAGUUAGCUCUGUGGCAGAGCUCAUCCACUUUGUAGGCUGGCUUUCAACUAUUGCUCUGCAUUUGGAGAACAAUUCUGCUUUCUUGAUGCAUUUCAUUCUGGACUUCUAUGAGAUUGUUUGUGAUGUGUAUCAGAAGUAUAAUCUCCCAUUGGUUGUGAUGCCUCCUGCUGGAGUCUUCUAUCCAGCAGUGCUCAGCAUGGAUUCAGUCACAGUCGACCGUCUCUGUCAUAUUCUGUACAGGUAUCGAGCCAACUUGAUAGCUGCAAAACAAAAUCAACAAGCUAAAAAGACAAUUCUGCAAUUCAAGUUUAGCAGCCGAACUUGCCAAGAAUACAACCAAUACAUAACAGCCAUGGUUGGAUGCCUAUGGACUUCAAAUGUAUUCCAGAAAGACUUCCAUCCCCAGGGCAUUCACAUGGACUCAGAAGUGCUGGAGAAGACCAAAGUGCAGGAAUACAGGAAGGGCUUGAACAUAGUUUACCAUCCUGCCUUGACAGGCUAUGCAUUGCUGUUCUUGGAGCAGGCUCAACCACAAGACGAAACCCCAAACUUCAAAUUAAUUCAGGGGAGAAGGUGGGAAUGGUACCUGGAAUUUCUCUACUCUCAAGAUUUACAAGGCCUGAAAUUCUUCAUUGAGAGCAGCAUCAACAGAGUAUCUAAGCAUUCUCAGAUGAAAGCAAGGUCAUAGGAACAGCAAGCUGAUUCUUUCUUCUUCUUCUUUUUUUACUGUUCUUACCAUCCAAGCUAAAAUAUUGGAGGCUGGACUCCUAUUUUUAAGAAGAGUCAAUUCACAUGUCAGUACUAAUAUUGGAAAGGACAACCCAAGGUUGGAGCAACAGUGGAUCUGGUUUUCCUGGACCUGGUCUUGGCGGCAUUGCUUUGGGAACAUCUCUUCUGACUAAAGAAUAAACAUUUAUGCACUUGAGAAAAAGCAAUGCCUGUCCAGCACCCACCCCCAUUUUCUAUCUUACAGAUUGAUGAAAACUGCUUCAGGUCGUUCUUGGAAACGUUAAAGGUGGGAAUGACAGUACAAAUAUGUGUUGACCAUACUUUAGAGAGAAACAGCAUUACUUCUGUAGUGCAACUGGUGACUUUCACAGCAGUUGAAACACUUUGGUGCUGAACUUCAUUUUUUUCAUUGCUACCACAAUGACCCUGCAGCAGUUACAAUAGCUGGCAAAAUGCAAGAUUUCUCUGUGUUCUGCUUCUCUGUACAUAACUGUAUAGUAGAUAUUUAUGUAACAAAAUAUGGUCUGUAAUUUAUAUUUAAAUUUCUCAAGAUGAAUUUGAUAAUGGGAACAGAAGAAACCUUCAGCCGUUAGUAAGCCUAUUCUCCCUACAAAAUGUAUUAUUUGUACUUAGCAGGAACCAUACCAUCUCUCCCUAGUCACUGAAGAAAAAAAAUAUUUUACUGAUGAUGAUAGUUGGCUAUCUUUGACUUUCUAUACUAUAGUCUUAGUGCUAUAUUAUAUUGCCUUGCACAUGGCAAAUGUUCAGGGAAAUAACAGCUCUUUGAAUCCCUGCAGCGUACCUGUUAUAACAGGAGCCAGUGAUGGAGAUUUAGGGCCUGAACAGACAGACCAAAAUAAAGCUGCUUCAGGUCACUUUGGAAUCAUGCUGUUUAAAUGCUGUAUGCAUCUUAAGAGGCUGGAAGCAGCCCCAAAGCCAUGCUCCAGUCCUUUGGCACAGCUUCUGGCCUCUUAAGAUGUGUGUGUCAUUUAAACAGCAUACCUCCAAAGUGACCUGAAGCAGCUUUAUUUUGGCCUGUUUGAGCCGUUAGUUAUCAUCUUAAUACCUGACUUCUGUGGGCUGAGGAUGCCCUUGCAUGUAGAUAGAAGAUGGAAAAAGAGGAAUGGUUCUUUUGCCUUAAAGCUAUAUCUGUCUCAGCCC